AGUCGUCGCUCUCGCGAACCCCAACAGUUGGAAUUAAAUUUGGAGGUUAUCAGACAGUGUAGAUCUAUGCUGUUCAGACCUCCAAUUGAUCGGUGAGGCCAUCGACGACGAUCAUUAUCAUCAUCAUCAGCAUCAUGCUGUUGGUGUGCAAGCAUCUAGUCGCUGGUUCCCUUCUACCUUUUUGUUCAAGGUCGGAGUCGUUGGGUUGCUCCUGUUUGCCAGUGCUGGUAGCGUAGACGGUAGUCUCGGAGGUGUAGUUUGUAGUGUUAGUCUUAAUUUUAGUGUGUAGAUUGCAGUAGAGUAGUUUGGGUAGAGUGUGUAGUUGAAGUCUUUGGUGUGUUUAGUGGUGUUUAGGAAGGGUGGUAGUUUUGGAGUUGAAGAGGCUCAGGGUGGAUCCAUAUUCGUCGACGUUACUGGGUCUGAAUUUUGGAGAGAGGCGGCGCGCUGUGUCCAGGUCGAAAUGCUUACGGGAGUGCGAAUAAAUGAGAAUGCCUUCAGGAAGCGGAAGCGAGAAUAUGAGUAUCGGUGUAGCCUGGAUUGGGGAGCACACACCCUUUGAAGAAGCGGAGGCUGCGAGAGAGGUGCAUUGAAGGCUAAGUGAUACUCUCUGGGAGCAUCAGGAUUGGAGAUGUCGGAUUUGUCGCCAAGGCGCGGUCUGCAGUGGUGCUGGGCUGGUAGAGAGGGGCAUAAAGGACCUUCUUCGUCGGCCGCAGAAACUCCUGUGGCCGGAGAUGUCGCCCAUGAGUCGGGAUUGAGAAUAGGCAGUGGUUCUGGAGCGAUGGCAGCGCCGCCGAGUAGCAGUGGCAGUAGCAGUGCCACGCGCGAGGAGAAUGAAGCGGCGGAGCUUGUGUUGGAGCAGUUGGAUGAGCAAUGGUUCUGCGACAAUGUCGUGAAGUGGCCAACGUCCAGGCCUGGUUCACCACCGGGGGUUAUUGACAAAGAAAUUGAUUCACCUUUCCGACGACGGGAGGCUGCACCGAUAGCGUUUUCCACCACUCAAGGGGAUGUGGCUAGUGGGGCUGUCAAGCCGCGGCUGUGGAAUGGGGAAAGGUCACUCAACCCCCCUCGCUCGCGGCUGGACAUCCGUCGUGUUGCUGAUGGAGAGCAGCAUUUUAGGGGAUUCAUGGAGAGGGACCCGAAUCCUCGGAGACAGACCCUUGGAGGCGAGGUGCAUAAUCGUCGGAUCGCAGACCUGUCAACUGCGCAGACCUCUAGUCUGCCGCUAACUCCGACUAAGUUUGUCACUGUCGAUCAUUCUAGAUAUUGCAGCUGGGCAAGCAACAUGGACGAGUUUUCCCCGCUUGCUCGUCCUCCGGGACCUUUGGUGGGCGUGACGGAGGAUGAAGAGAUGGAGAAUGGUCUCUUCGAAAGAAUGGUCGCCGUACGCCCCGCGAAGCUUAGCUCCAUUAAUCCCGGGCGUCAUUCAAGAGGACCUUUGGAAGAAAGCUCUAGUAACAGUAGUGAUCAGGUGCCGAUCAAGCACGCGACUAAGACUAUUCGGCGGCGGAGGCUGAAGGGCACGAAGAGCCUGACCGACUUGGAAUACGAAGAGCUUCGCGGGUGGAAGGACCUUGGGUUCGAGGUCAGCAAAGACGACCUCACACCACACGUCGUUAGAAUGUUCCCAGGAUUGGAACGACAAGGCAUUCCUCCUUACAACUCCCCUCAAAGCCUUUCUAAGAAUCCGGCCCAUAAUGUGAACCCGAACCAGAACGCCUUACCUCAUAAUCGGGCACCUCCUGUCCAGCAUCUGCUUUGGCCUCGGCGCCCUGAUUCCCCGCUUACGAACACCCCAUUUCUGGAUCCUAGCAUCGAUAUGAAAGGCCAGCUCAAAUCGUGGGCUAGCGAAAUGGCGUCAAUUGUCAGCACCGAGUGCUAGCAAUCACAGAUAACAAGCGCAGAAAUCUCUCAGAGUUGAGUGAAGUCAUCUCCAUGGUUGGCUGCGGAGGCAAAAAAGUUUGAUUGCCGUGCGUGGCGGCAUGGACUGGCGGAUUUCAUGACGUCGGUGAAUGAUAAAAAUACGUAGCGAGAGUUGCGAGUGACCACGAAGAACCUGCUUUUUAGUGAUUGCACCAAGUUGUCUGCAGGUAGAGAGACCGAAGGUCCGUUGCCUGGCGUGAAGAGCAAUUGUUGAGCGUUACAGGAUUCGUUCUUGGAAUUUGUCUAUAGUAGAUUUAGAGUAGUCUAGAUACGUAGUGUAAGAGGGGGUUUGCAGUGUGAGCAAGGCAGCAUCGAGAGAUUACAAUAAGGGAUUGUGCUUCUGCAUGUGCAGUUGAAAGAAGGUUCUCGUUGGAAGUCAUUGAUUGAAGAUAGGACAUCCUCUCAAUCUGGGCGAGUCAGGAACACAUACAACGUAGUGUCUUCGAUGAGGAGUUGAUAAUGUCUCAUACAGUUUUAGGUUGAAUAGGAUUGGUGGAGCUUUUUUGCAGUAGGAACAGAGGUGUCAGACAGAGUAGAACUAUCUGCCUCUAAAGUGCUUGUACAUCAUUUUCAUUGUCCUCUCCAUUUUACUUGGUCUAUCAUUGCAACCGGCAAGGGCGAUCCGCAUGGAUGUUUCAAACCAUCAGGUGUAGAAUGUGAGUGCCCUCGUCGGUGCUCUUGCUUUCAAUAGAGCUUUUAGAUCCUAAAGUUGUUGCUCAUUUGUAUACUAGUAGGCCGCUCCAGGUCUGAGAAUUCAACAAUUUCGUCGACUUACUUUGAGAUUUAUUUUGUAGAGCCAGCAUUUAGCAACAACGUCGAUUGUGGUUUCGCUAGGUAUUUUAGGUAUAAGCUGGUGCUGCUGGCUGAUAUGCAUGCCAGCUGGUUUUUUUGAAGUAGAAGCAAACAGCUGAGCCUCUAGAAACUAACACCAUAUGCGCGUUAGGGGGGAGCGUUUGCAGACCAACUUAUCCAAAAGAUUUGGAGGAGGACACAGUUGAGCAACAGUUCAGUUUAUUUUUCUUUGUUUCUGUUUUCCCAUCCAAGGUCUUUCGAAGGUUUAUUACGGCCAGCAACCCAAUCAGUACCUCUGGUUAAUGUUUUA